AGCAGUAUGCAUUUCUUUUUCUUCUUUUUUAUUUGAAGCAUAGCAGUACGCAUUUAACUCUCCUAUCGACGGUUAGCACAGGUCACGUGUAUAUAAUAAGAGACACUACGCCAAAUGCCGUCCUGUGAGUGGUGACCCUGAAGUUAUUUUGACUUUUUGAAGAAAAACAUCUACUCUCCUCUCUGUUCUCCCCCAUAGGAACACACCCAGCUGUUGAUAUCAACAACUGAUCAAAACAAUUGAUCCAUUUCAAGGUGCAAUGGCUUCAUCUUCAGACUCAUGGAUGAAGGAAUUUACUGAAGCAUCAAAAUUAUCUGAUGAUGUUAGUGCCAUGAUUACGGAUAGUGGUUCAUUACCUUCUUCAGGACCAGAUACGCAACGUUACUUAUCUGCAAUUCGAAGGAAAAUCACCAUUUUAAGAACAAGACUUGACAGCUUGCAAUCCCUAUUAUCAAAGCUUCCAAAUAAGCAGAACAUAAAAGACAAGGAGAUGCAGAAACGGCAGGACAUGCUCACAAAUUUGAAAUCAAAAGCAAACCAGAUGGCCUCUGCAUUGAAUAUGUCGAACUUCGCAACCAGGGAUAGCUUGCUUGGUCAAGAGAUAAAGCCAGCUGAUAUUAUGACCAGAGCAACAGGGUUGGACAAUCGCGGUCUUGUUGGUUUUCAGAGGCAAGUGAUGAAAGAACAAGAUGAGGGUCUCGAGAAGCUGGAGGAGACAGUACAUAGUACUAAACAUAUUGCAUUGGCAGUCAAUGAGGAACUCACUCUACAUACUAGGCUAAUCGAUAACUUGGACGACCAUGUAGAACAAUCAAACUCCCGGUUGCAGCGGGUGCAAAAGAGACUGGCCAUAUUGAAUAAGCGUACAAAGGGUGGUUGCUCCUUUAUGUGCUUGCUAAUAGCCGUCCUUGGGAUUGUUGGUCUGGCUGUUGUUGCUUGGCUACUUAUCAGAUACUUGUAAAGUUGUUACAUUAUAAAUGGUAACUCACAAUGGCCUCUUGAGAAUAUCUUUCGGUCUCCACUCUUUUGAGUUUGUGAUCUGCUCGACAAGACAUGUUAUUUUUUUCGCUGCAACCUCUUCUUUGUGUGGCUUCUCUAAUCCUCUUCCUUUUCUUUUUCCUAGCUUGAUCCAUGAUUCUGGUGUGUAGUUAAACAAGAAAUUCAAUUUGCAAAACCUAAACAAUCUUGAAGUUUAUCAAUAGUAUAUGUGUUUCUUUUGCCUCCU